CCGUCAGUCGCGCCAUGGCUCCCCGCCGCCCAGUCACCAUCUCACGGAAUUUCGUCCCCUAGGCACGUCUCUCUUUAGAUGCUGCUUGAUCCGAAGAAUUAGUAGCUGCACCCGCACACGAAGCACUAGAAAAUGGUCGCGUGAUGAGUGCAGCCGCCAUGUUGUCGUGUGCGGUGCUCGCGAUGCUUCUGGGGAGCGUGUGGUGUCACCAGUGCACGAUUCACCAGCACAUGGCAGAAUACGAGAAGCACACCCAGUGCAGCUACUGCACCUACAACAGUGAAGCCGAGGCCAAGCCCGAGCUGUUGUGGGCGACGACCAACAGCGCCGUCCUUCGCGCGCGGGUGUGCGGCUGCUGGUGCCGCCAUCAGACGUAUUGGUACUAUCGCAAUGUCACGAUCGAGAAUGAACGAGUGUAUCGUCUGAACACAAAUGAAAAGAAAUUACUUACAUCUUGUUCCAAUAAAGACUAUUGCGAAAUCUAUGGGAGCACUGGAUCUAACGUGAUGGUGUAUGUGGCGUUCUAUAAUUAUAAUACUAACUCCACGCCACUUGGUAAUGGAACGUACGUCCGCUUUUGCCCAGCUGGGCCCCCACAUUUGCCCGGGAAGGUAUCGUGCCGAAAGCACGGGGAUCGGCAUCAAUUGAGGUGGACCUACAAUCUAGAGACUUUGGAGUGCCACAGCUACACGCAGUUCGUGGUGAGCACCGACCACAGAACUCCCCAAAAAUGGUACUGGCUUGGGGAGGUGUCGCCCCUCGCUGCCUCUGGCGGGGAGCCCUUCGGAGGGCUCGUCCACCGCUGCCCUGACAACCCGGAGUUCCUCUGCGCCAACUUCAGCUCACAAUCCCAACAUCUCCAAGUGCAGAUGGGAGUUCGUCGAAUCGAUACAGACGAAUAUAAUGCACAAUUAGCGACCAAUUGGAUCACUUGCGAAUAUCCAGAAGGUUUGGUGCCGCCCCUGGUGCCAGCCCCCGCCCCGGCCGCGGGGCGCACGGAGCAGCCGCUGGCCACCGCCACCGCCGCCACCGCCACCGCCGCCGGCCGCCCGCGCCGCCACCACCCGUGCAGCGGCAGAGACUACACGCUGUUCGCGGCGCUCAUCGCGCUGACUGUGUGCGUCCUUCUGCUGCCCGUCGCCUUCUACGCCGGCCGCAGG